AUGAAUUAUGAAGACAAUGACAGGCGAGGUGCGUCUCCCGUCUAUCUGAAAAAAUUCAUUCUAGGCAAAUAUCCCGAAAUCAACACACAGCUGUUCAAAGCAAAGUUUAAGAGGACUUUUGUUAAGGCCCUAGAGAACAACAUUUUGGUGAGGACUAAAGCAACAGAACAUGCUGAAGGAGUAACCGGGAGAGUGAAGCUGGUGACAAAGGUGAAACCUCGCAAAAAAGUUAUGGCUGCAGGCUCACCAGCAAAACAACGACCGGCUGCUUGGAAGUCUGCAAAUGCCCCGAAAACGAAAGCUAAAGCAGAAGAGGGCGGAACAAAGAAAGUCGGAUCUGGCGAGGCGACGGCCAGAAAAAGGGCUGGCGGAGACAUGAAGGCAGCCAAGGGCUCUGGCGGAGAGACAAAGGCAGCCAAGAGCUCUGGCGGAGAGACAAAGGCAGCCAAGGGCUCUGGCGGAGAGACAAAGGCAGCCAAGGGCUCUGGCGGAGAGACAAAGGCAGCCAAGGGAUUGGCGGAGUAG